GCCAAUGAUAAGUUCGUCGAGUGCUUGUUCGGCAUGCUGCUGCGCAUCUUUGCCGGCCACCCGGUGCCACCUGGUCUCAAUUAUGGAGAUUUGGUGAUGUUGCCGAAAGGCGACGAGUUCGAGGACCGCGUUGAAAUACUACGGCAUCCACAUGCGCUACGACCACUCCUGCUCAAGAACACGGACAGCGAACUCCUUGCGGCCACGAUCAAUUUGAAGCUGAAGACCGUGGCGCAGCAGGAAGUCCACGUCAUCCAGCAGGGCUUCAUCCCGCAGCGCCAGUUUAUCCAGCAUGUUGCACGGCUGGACGCCCAAUCGCGCAUCGCUUCGAACCAGUUGGAUGCGGUCGAGGCCAAGCCAUGCUUCAUCAGCUUCGACGUGAAG